AUGGAUAAAGGUGAAUCUGCAGGUGUGAUGUAUUUGGAGUUCCAAAAGACAUUCAGUGAGGUGCAAGACAACGGGCCAUACAGCAACAUGAAAGCUCUUGUCGUUGAGGAUAUUAGCAUGGGUCAAGGGUGGUCCAGAGAACAGAGGGCUGUGAUGAAAUUAUCAUUUUCGUAUUGGCAAACUAACCGAGAGGCUGAGAACCUCUACGCUGGGAUCCAGAGUAAUAACUACAACGUGCGCUCGGACUCACUGAAGGGACUGGCAGUCCUCUCCAAGGAUAUCACCUUUGCCCAGGAGUUCAUCAGCAAAGAUGGGAUUGCUGUGCUGGUCCGCAUUGUGGAGAAUGGCCAUGACACCGGUGAGAGCUUGGCUUACGCCCUGAGUGCAUUUAUCGAGCUGAUGGAACACGGAGUCGUUUCCUGGGAAACCCUCAACCAUGUUUUCAUCAAGAAGAUUGCAGGGUUUGUGAACAAAUCUGCGAUGGAUGCAUCGAUCCAGCAACUAUCCUUGGCAAUUCUGGAGAGUAUGGUACUGAGCAGCAGCUUCCUGUUCCAACUGGUGAAGAACGAGGUUCCUCUGGACAGACUUAUCGCUCACCUGCAAGUGACAAACCAGAUGAUCCAAACGAAAGCGAUGGCUCUGAUCAUCGCCCUGCUGCUGAGUUCAAAGGAUGACGAGAGGAAGGAAAUGAUGGACUUCCUCAACAAGAGAAACCUCAGGCAGAACAUUCAGAGGAACAUUAUUCUGAGCUCUUCAGCAGUGAGGGACGAGAUGGCUCACUACUUGUAUGUUCUACAGUCCAUUUCCCUUAACCUCCUCGAGCCCAGGACAAAGAUUCCAAUGGACCCUUAUAACCAGGAGCAGAGGGAUAUGAUCCACCGGCUACGUCAAGCAGCCUUUGAGUCUGAUGCUGAUGCCUCUGCUGGCAACUUUAACACAGACCGGCGAAAAUCUUUGUGCGCCAGGGAAUUCAAGAAGCUUGGUUUCUCCUGUCUUCUGUCCCUCAGUAAAACCACCCAGAAACACAAGGAUGACAGUAUCCUGUCACGCAGUAUUUUUGGUGCUGUCCUAUUUCCAUUCCUGGUCCAGGCAGACAUUUUGCGGAUGAGCCACAACUGGACAGUGGCUUGGAUGGGGUGUUCACGCCAUGCGGAGACUGAGAUUCAGACGCGUGAGAAUAAGUGGUUGAAGAUCCCACUGUUCCUCAGACUCAAGACCCCAGAUGGACGCUCCACGUGA